CUGAUCAAAAAAUAUUUCUAUUCCCGAAUUUUUUCAAUUAUUUAUAUUUAUUUAUUUGUCGAUUGUUGGUCUCUUCCCCCAAUUUUUUUGCUAAUUUUUUUGUGGGUCGUUCGUUUUCCUUUCCAUUUUUUCUUUUUUCUAACCGAUUGAAUGUUCGGAUUUUUUAUAUCUUUUUGGUUUGUCUGGGUCAAAUUGAGGAGGGGGGGGGGUUUAAAAUUGCGAGAGAGAGAGAGAGAGGGAAUUUUUAAAUACAAGAAAGGAGGUUGGGGAUCGCUUUUCUGGAGUUUUUUGAAAAGGGGAAUUGAGAGGGAAAGGUUUAACGAGAAAAUAGAAAAAGGAUCAUUUCAAUUCUUAAAAGUAAAAUUUUAAAUAAAAAUAAAAUUUUAAUAAAAUUGAAAAAAAAAGAAAAAUUUAAUGAAAAUUAGGUUUACCGUAUUUUCUCGAUCAAUUCCCCUGUGUGGUUCUUGAUCGUUUAUUAAAUGUAGAUGGGAAUAAUGCUAAAAUCGAAUUCGAAAAUUUCUAGAUUUAGACAAAGGAACGACGUACAAAGUUUGAACUCUAAGUAUUCGAAAUUACUCGAUCGAGUAUCUGAGUGGUCUGAUCCUCCAAUUUUCGGAUUCAAUCUGAUUUUUAAAAUGCUUGAGUUCUAGCCAAAUCCUCGGUGGAAUUAAUAGGUGGUAGGGGAUAAAAUAGGGGAUAUAAGUGAUCUAAAAUAGGGGAUAGGGGAUCUCAGUAGGGAUUUCAAAGGGGGAUGGGGAUCUAAAAUAAGGGGAUAAAUAGGGUAUCUCAGUAGG